GAAUAGUCUCCUUUUCCUCUCUAUUCACAGCCUUUCAUGGAGUUGCACCACUCUCUUCCCACUCUAUAUAUCAUCCACCCAAUACUGGUUAUUGCUGUAUCAUUUCACUAAUUCCAGCCUGCUUCGCUUUACAAAGUCUGGUGUGUACCGUCACUGGAAUAAUUGUUCUAAUGGCUUCCUCUUCCUCAAAAUUAUAUGAUGCAUUCAUUAGCCACCGUGGCCCUGACGUCAAAGAAGAGUUUGCCAUACCACUUUAUAAACUUCUUGAGGAUCGAGGCUGCCGGGCAUUUGUAGACCGUCUAGAGUUAGAAAAGGGAGAUUCUAUUGUUCCCGCCAUUGAAAGUGCCAUACGCUCAUCUGUUGUUCAGAUAGCCAUUUUUUCCAAAGGAUAUGCACAUUCCCCAUGGUGUUUAGACGAGCUCGUUCUAAUGUUAGAACAACGAGAUCAUGAAGGCGCACGCUUCAUUCCUGUAUUCUAUGAUGUCGACCCUUUUGUCCCUCGUCACAACAAGGAACCAUAUGCUGAGGCAUUUCGCGGGUAUAAAGACAAAGGCAGGAGCCUUGAUAAGCUGGAGGGAUGGAAAAGAGCCCUUCACACUGCUUCAAACGUAAUUGGCUUUGAACUUAAGAGCAGUAAGAGCGAUUUGUAUGAAGAGAUUGUGUCCUGUGUGGAGAAAGAAAUUGAGAAGAGGAUGCGUUUAAAUGAUGCAGCAUAUCCUGUUGGACUGAGUGAACUUGUCAGAGAUUUCGAAAGGAGGUUUGAAGGGGCAGUGAAUGAGAGGGCAAAUAUAGUAGGGAUCUUUGGACUUGGGGGCUGUGGCAAGACCACCAUGGCAAAGAGAAUCUUCAACACGAAGCGCUCCAACUACAAUGCUUCUUGUUUUCUGUAUGAUGUUAGAGAAUCACAUGUCAAAGGUGAAUUGCACGUUUUGCAAAGUAGGCUUGUCAAAGAUCUCUUUAAGAAAGAAAAGCAAUUUCAACACACUGAUGAAGGAACGGAAUUUUUGAAGGAUAGUCUAAGAAGGGCAGGGUCUGACAAGUCUUUUCUUAUAAUCCUAGAUGAUGUCGAUAAUCAAGAUCAGUUGCAUGAGCUUUUAUUUCAAGAUCUUCUCAGUCGUGGUAGCUUAGUAAUUGUCACAACCCGUGACGAAGGUGUUUUGAAAGGUGCAGGUAUCAGUAAUCGAUACAAGUUGAAAACAAUGGAUAGUUGUCAUGCUAAAGAACUCUUCUGUAAUCAUGCUUUUGGGGGAAAGGAGCCAAAAUUUCAAUAUGAGCAGCUGGUUGAAAGGUUCGUGCAGUUCUGUGGAGGUUUGCCGCUCUCGCUCAAAGUUUUGGGCAGCCAUGUAUGUGGAAGGGAUGAGAAGCAUUGGAACUUGGAAUUAGAGAAAGCUAGAGAUACCCAGCCCAAUGAUGUCAGGCAACGUCUUAAAAUCAGCUUUGACAGUUUAGACACUGCGGAGAAAUAUAUUUUUAUGAAUAUUGCGUGUUUCUAUAAUGCCAAAUCAAAAGAUACCGCCAUAGAAGUAUUGAAGAAGUCCUAUGGGACACCUGAACACGCAAUUCAAAGACUGGUAGAUAAGUGCCUUGUCGAUCUGGAGGACAAUGACGGAGGAGCCAUAUUUAGAAUGCACGAUCAUCUCCGUGACCUGGGAAGGCAAAUGGCGGACGAAGCGAAUUGGCCGUGGCGGCCAGAGGAUGCGAGAUCUAAGAAUCCUCAAGAUUAUAUGAUUGCAAACACCGUGGAGCCACGGAUGGUCUUUGCGCAUUACAUGCUUUACGAGCCGGACGGUGUGGAGACACUGAAAAAGGAAAUUCAGGUGGCACAUAACAAAGGCAUUGAUGCCUUCGCCCUCAAUUCCAACGUGUGGCGUCCCAACCGUGCAGACGACAUGUUCCAGGCCGCUCUAGACUCUGACACCAACUUCAAGCUUUUCUUCUCUGCUGAUAUGUCUAUCAACAGCGAGGGUAAAACCCUCUCUUCUGACGACCUCAUUGCAAUGCUCACCACAUAUGCGGAUCAUCCCAACUACCUCAAAUACAAAGGCAAGCUUUUCUUCGCCUCAUGGCUCGGAGAAAAUACGCCCUGGCCCCAAAUCUUUAAAGUAGCCGGCGGAAAGGAUAAAUUCUUCUUCGUGCCCUUUUUCCCCACGAGUGGAGACUAUGACGCUGUCCGAGAAAAGCUAAACGACUUCAAAGACAUUAUCGACGGGCUCUCUGCUUGGGACACGUCAGCUUGGCCAUAUGAACAUUCCAACCUCAACAGCUCUCCCUCGGCCUUGAAGGAUCAAAACUAUCUCAAAGCCUGUAAAGACAAGGGAAAACUCUACAUGCCCAACGCCAGCCCCUGGUUCUUCAAUGACUGCAACUGUACUGAAGUGAAGGGCAACUACGAGGGCCCGGGCCUCUGGAUCACAAAGUGGCAGCAUCUCAUAAGUUUGAAGCCUCCUUUUGUAAAGAUCGUAACUUGGAAUGACUGGCAGGAGAGCACCUACGUUGCUCCGCCUUACAGCGCAGCCGCGAAGAAGCUUGGUGCCGAUACAUUCAGCCAUGCGGGAUUUUUGGAGCUGGGCAAGCACUACAUAAAAUGGUACAAGUCUGGCCAAGAGCCUGCGAUUGCUGAGGAGGUAGUCUACUUGUUUUAUUACACACAGCCCAAUAGCAUAAGUGAGGGUCUGAGUGAUAAUCUGUACGUAACUACCAUGCUGAAUUCGGCUGCAGACGGGGAGCUAAUGUCUGGUGAACUUUCGAGGAAGUUCAGUGCUGCGGUAGGGAUAAAUACUUAUUCCAUGCCUUUUCAGGUUGGGCAACAGUCCGUUGUGUUGAAGCGGGGAGGCGCUGUGGUGAGCACGCUGACUGGAGACAAAGUCAUAACUAACCCGCCGCCUGUCAAUGCCAACCUUAACGUGUACUCCACUUGGACCAAAAUUAUCUCCCAGCAAUUAGAGUGAUAAGGAAAGGAAAGGGUCUUUUAUAGUCUAUGAUGUCAGUCAUUUAUGUAUGGGUUUACACAUGGGUUAGAGUCUUAUGGGACUAUCUCAAAUUUCUUGCGGGAGGUACCUUGUGACCUCUCUUUCAAGAGCAAAAGUUCUCGACCACUAGAACCUGGAUGAAAUGAACACUGUUGCGAGUGUUGGAAGUGCGGCUUAAAUUUGAUGGCAGUAUACUUUUUUUUUUAAAGUUUCUUGUUAAAAUCUUCAAUUAAAAAUUUAAUAAGGUCCUUUCACAUUAAACAAUAAUCA